UUGCAGUGCACUCAAUAAUUGCAUAUCAAUCAUUUCUCUUGUAUUUUCAGUAAAUUAAUGUAUUUAUAAUUAUUCUUACAGUUUUAAGUUUUUACGGUAAUGUCCCGGAAAAGUCAAGACAUUCCAAUACGACCACGGUAUGGUAUUCCAGAUUUAGCCAACGAAGAUAACAAUACAGAAAUGGAGAAACCAAAACAAAAACCAAGAAAGUCAUCAUCAAGCACCAUGGAACCAUCAUCUUAUAGUGAAAUACCAUUUUUAGCUCAAUAUCCAGAUAUGGUGUCGGAAAGGAGAGAUUUUUCACCCAAACAUGUUGUAAGCCCAGAAGAACGGCGAGAUAUUAUAGACGAACCAGAUGUUGAAGAUGACGAUGAGGAAGAUAACUCCAAUUCUAAGGACAGUUCUUAUGAAGAAAACAAAACUCCUCGGCGCCCUAACUCAUUGCAGUGCGAUUCAUCAUUUCCAUAUGAACUAGAAGGUGCAACUAGUACGGAUGGACAAAUGCGACACUUUGUUGCUGAUAAUCUGGAAGAAAAGAUUCGUAAUGAUCAAUUAAGCUACGUUUCUCACAAUAGUACACCCUCAGCGACCAAUGCGGGUGGUGGUUUGCUAACGCGGCGUUUCCUUCAAACCCAGCGCCCUCAAAUAGAUGCAAACGUUUUAAAUGACAUUGAAAUUGAAGCCCAAUAUUUGGCGGGCUCUGUAGAUAAUUUGAUGGAGAAUCUCUGCAACUUGUUGCACUCCAUUUCUUCAAUUACGGCUGAUAACGUUGAGGUACAUAAAAACGCUGUAAAUAAAUUAACCGAUAGUAUGGACGCAAAUAUUAAAUGCAUGUACACAAUCAUGGCAAAGACGGAGGAAAUUACAAAGUCAAUGAAACCAACAGAGCAAUUAGGACAAAGAAUACGCGAAAUUAAACGCCUUGUUGAUAUGCUCGAUGGCACCAUGUAGAAUCAACCAAUGGUGGUAAACGGUAAUUUACCGAAACCCGCCUGCCCGCUUAUUUAACGAAAAAUAUUAAAGUAUUAUAGAUUGUAUGUGUUAUUAUUGUAAUUGGUAUGAAAAAUACACAAAGAAUUAGCAAUAAAUUAGUUCUAUUCACUUAAUA